AGGCUUAACCCACUGAGCCACCCAGGCGCCCCCAAAGUCUGGAAUUUGUUGUUAACUUCCUCCAACUUCAGAACUCCGUCUGUAUGCUACUGAGUGUCUUUCUGGACCCACAGUCAUCAGCUGCAUAUAGAACACAUCUCACGGACGGGUAGGUGUCAAGCUGGCCUCCCUGAGUCUCUGAGGCAGGUGAGAUCUUUCUCAUUGAGGACAAGCCUGGAGUCAAGCAGACAUUGGUGGGCACAAAGCCUACAGAGACUAAGUCCCACCCUGCAGGGUCUUCCCAUUUGAUGGGGGAGACCAGGUGUAAAGAGAAAUGUCAAAUGUGUAAGGAGAUGGUGUUCAUGUUUAGAUGGAACUAAGCAUUCAGCCAGGACACACCAGAUUUCAUGUCCUGGCCAUAUCUAUAAUGUUUUCUUUUUCCUAACAGGAACUGGCUGGUAUAGAGAAUGACCCAUUAAAAUGACAGUGAUUGUGUAUGAGCUUAACCAGUCUAUGGACCCUGAGAAGUGCACAUACCACAUUUGGGGGCCAUCUGCUAGAGCAGAAAAGACUUGGGGCCCAUCUCUAAGCAGAGCUCCUAAGGAGCAUCCCCCCCCAACCCCCGCCCAGGUCUCUAAUCUCCGAGCAUGACGACAGGUGCUCCCUAUGGGGCAGGAAUGCUAGGGUCUUGCGGUUGUUUUGGCUUAUGUAUCCGUUAUUUCUUAGGAAAAGGGGGUCAGGUUGUCAUCUCAUACAUCAGUGAGGACUUUGGAAUUCCCAAGCUGUCCCACCCCUGCACAACAGCCUCAUCUCCCCUCCCAGCCCCUAGGGAGCCCCUUCCCAGAACCCUGGCUGGAUGAUGUCACAGACAGGUGACCUCACUGCGGCAAAGGAACCGGGAAUCUCAGUGGCAUGGGGGAGGAGGGAGGAUGUGUCCCCACCACCCCAACCCCCCAUGUCUGUGGUGAAGUCGAUCGAAUUAGUGUUGCCCAAGGAUGCCAUCUACCUGGCCGGCUCCAGCAUCAAAGGGCAGGUGGUUCUAAUUCUGAACAGCACCCUAGUGGACCCUAUUGUGAAGGUCGAGCUCGUGGGAAGGGGCUAUGUGGAGUGGAAUGAAGAAAUCGGGGCGUCACGUGAUUAUAGCAGAGAUGUUAUUUGCAACAACAAGGCCGACUAUGUGCACAAGAUGAAGACAUUCCCAGUAGAGGAUAAUUGGUUAAGUGCAGGCAGCCACACCUUUGAAUUCCAUUUCAGCUUACCUCCCAGGCUUCCUUCUACCUUCACCAGCAAAAUCGGCCAUGUCUUCUACUUCAUGCAAGCCUCCUGCGUGGGCCGGGAGCACAUUCUGGCAAAGAAGAGGAUGUACUUGUUGGUUCAAGGGACUUCGGACUUCCACAAAGAAAACCCAUUGCAGAAUCCUCUGCUGGUAGAGGCUGAGAAGAAGGUCUCCUACAACUGCUGCAGCCAGGGCACCAUCUGCCUACAAAUCCAGAUGGAAAAGAACACCUUCGUCCCAGGACAGAGGAUCAUCUUCACCACGGAGAUCAACAACCAGACCGGCAAGUGCAUCAAGACAGUCAUCUUCGCCCUCUACACCCAUGUGCAAUACGAGGGCUUCACCCCCAACGCGGAGCGGCGGUUGCGGGUAGAAAGCAGUGAGCUGCUCCGGCAGGAGGCCAACACGCAGAUCACACCUUUCGACACCACCAAGAUCGUCAGCUCCUUCAACCUCCCGCAGGUGCUGUCCGUGAGCAGCAGCCUGCAGGACGGCGAGAUCAUGAGUACCCGCUAUGAGCUGGUCAGCGCCGUCCACCUGCCCUGGUCCCUGACCAGUGUGAAGGCCAAGGUUCCCAUCAUCAUCACCAGUGCCCCUGUGGACCCAGACAGCUGCCUGCAGCUGGAGGGGCAGCUGUCACCCGAGAGCCAGGAGUGCCAGAAUUAAGUGCCCAAACUUCUAAAUAUUAAAAGCUUUAUCGGACUCUA